AUGUAUAAUGAGAUAGAAGGAAAUUACGAUGAUGUCGCCAUUAGCACAUUCAAGAGGGGCCUGCCGACAGAGCAUGGUUUAAGAAAGUCCCUGACUGGGAAACCGGUCACUAGCGUGCGCCAACUCAUGGACAGAAUCGACAAGUACAAGAGAGUCGAAGAAGACCAACAGACGGGAAAGGGCAAAGCGAAGGUUAUCCCUCAAGAGAGAAGGGACUUCAGGUCGGACCGCUUUAACAACAGUAAUCGGCCGAGAAGGGAUUAUUCGGAGCAGUCUGGAUCCACAGGGGCACAGGCAAUCCAUGCUGUGUUCCGAGAACCAUUACAUAAGAUCCUAGAGAAAGUGAAGAACAAACCGUUCUUUCAAUGGCCAAGCAGGAUGGCAGGCGACCCCGCAAAACGUAAUCAGAAUCUAUAUUGCGCGUAUCACCAAGAGCCGAGUCACACCACCAAUGAUUGCAGGAAUCUGAAAAACCACUUGGACCGACUGGUCCGAGAGGGGAAGUUGAGACAUCUGUUGCAUCACCCUGUCGGAUGGCAGGAGUAG